CCUGUGCCGCCGCCGCACGCCCUGGCCGCCCACCCCCUGCCCUCUUCGCACUCGCCACACCCCCUCUUCGCCUCGCAGCAGCGGGACCCGUCCACCUUUUAUCCCUGGCUCAUCCACCGCUACCGGUAUCUGGGCCAUCGCUUCCAAGGGAACGACACAAGCCCAGAGAGUUUCCUUUUGCACAACGCGCUGGCCAGAAAACCUAAGCGGAUCCGAACGGCCUUCUCCCCGUCCCAGCUUCUAAGGCUGGAACACGCCUUUGAGAAGAAUCACUACGUUGUGGGCGCAGAAAGGAAGCAGCUGGCACACAGCCUCAGCCUCACGGAAACUCAGGUAAAAGUAUGGUUUCAGAACCGGAGGACUAAAUUCAAAAGGCAGAAGCUGGAGGAAGAAGGCUCAGACUCACAACAAAAGAAAAAAGGGACACACCAUAUCAACCGGUGGAGAAUCGCCACUAAACAGGCGAGUCCGGAGGAAAUAGAUGUGACCUCAGAUGAUUAAAAGGACAGAUUUAACCCCACAGAAGCGGACAACAUGGAGCAGAACAGAGGCAGGGAGAGGAGGGGAAGAAGAAAAGACCCUACAAAUAAAAAACAAACUGCACAUAUAUUCACCGAGCAAGAGAGGGGAUCAGAGAGAGCAACAGCGCGUCCCAGAGUUUGUACAGCGAGGGCGCUGGGUCCCCAUCUGAGUUGGGGGGCGCCCGGGAUGGCAGAGGAUGGAGGCUCCUUCAUCAACUUGCAGCCCACCUCUAAAGAGGCAGCUGAGUGAGUGAGUGUGAGAGAAAGAGAGAAAGAGAGAGUGAGGAGAGAGAGAGAGAGGGAGAGAGAGAGGGAGAGGGAGAGGGAGAGGGAGAUCUGAAUGUGCAAAGCUGAACACACUCUGACGGGGGAGCUAUCAGUCAGACACCAAACCAGGGAGACAAGAUGAUUGGCAGAGAUCCCGUUUAUCGCAGUCCACUUUGAGAAAUGGUGAAAAUAAUGACUUAAAAAAAUCACAAACAAACCUCAACCAGGCACAGGACUUUUAAUUUUGCACUGCAUAGUGUUUCCCCCAAUCCUUAAAAAGAAUUAGUAAUAACAAGCAAAAUUCCACAUCUAGCCUCAUCCCACACCUGUUUCAAAAACUUGAAUUGCAUGUAGCAGUUGUUGGGCGAAUGGUGUCUAAAGACAAAAUGAAUUGUAAUUUUAUAUUCCUUUUAAAGACAGGUUCUGUGUGCUUAUUUUAAUUUUUCUGAGAAAUGUGCAGUCUGUAAACCCUUUUUGAUACCUUCUGAUGUCAAAGUGAUUUUGAAAGCUUAAAUGAAAUAGGCUCAGCGAUAGGGGUCCUCUUGCAGAGAAACAGGGAGCAGGAUGAGAAUGAGGGUGGUGAGGGAGGGUGCCCAUAAAAAGAAUCAGGACUUGUACUAGGCCAAAAAAAAAAAAAACCCCAAUUAAUUCUAUUUCUUGGACAUUCCCUUUCCUAACAUUCUGAGGCGGAACACCAUCAAGUAAACUCUUUUCAGUGGUUGGAGAAAUUGGCUGAGUCCAACCAUUUCCGGUAAUGACCAUUCAAAACUUUCAGUCUAUCUAUUGCAAAAGCUGAAGGACGGUAGUUAGUGGGGACAAUGUUAGUGAGACCAAGGACAUGCGGCAAGUUCUCAAGCACUGAGUUUCUCUUCCAAGACCAUAGACUCACUAAAGAGAGUGACGAAUGCUUCCUUCUACACCAGAAUGUAAAUAUUUUUGUGUUUUGUGUUAAUUUGUUAGAAUUCUAACACCCUAUAUACUUCCAAGAAGUAUGUCAAUGUCAAUAUUUUGUCAAUAAAGAUUUAUCAAUAUGCCCUCAGAGUAGUUGUCUUGGGAAAU